AUGAAGGAAAAGAUAAUAGUAGUUUUUGUUCUUUUCUUUACUUAUUGUUUGUGUAAAUGUGGUGAUGGGAUUCGUCAAAGGUUUGAUGAAGAAUGUGAUGGAGGAAGUAAUUGUAGAAAGGAUUGUAUGUGUGAAGAUGGUUAUUUUCCGGAAGAUGAAACUUAUUCAGUUGGAUGUGUUCCAUCUUGUUUAAUUGAUGGAUGUAAAACAGGGUGUUAUACUCCAGAUGAGUGUGGAUAUUGUGAUGAGAAAGGGUAUCGUUCAGAUUGUUUAGGAUGUGCUGAAGGGUAUAUUCCACAAGGGUAUCUCAAGUGUGUAAAAUUUAAUGAAAGUGAUGUAAAGUCAUGUCAAGAAUAUACCACACAACAUAACUUUUCUAUUACUAUCAAUGAUGUAAGUCAAACACUUACAUUAACUCCUGAUAAACAAGAAAUGUCAAUAAAUACAUGUUCUAAAAGAUUAUCUAUUCAACAACCAUAUGCACCAGGGUAUUGGAUUAAAGUCACAACAAAGAAAACACAGUACGUUGCAAUAGAAACAGAAAAGCAUUAUGACUCUGUUUCUAUUGAAUUUAUAGAUACACAAGGAAAUGCCUAUGGAGAAGAUACUGUUUUUGUUAUUUCAAAUUGUCCAACAAUAAAAAAAAUAACAGAAGGACAAGCACAAGAAUGUAUUGAAGACAAUGAUAAUUUAUCACAAUUUGUUAAACUUAGUAGAAUUGUAUUACAACUAACAGAAAAUAUUCCAUAUUAUUUAUUUGUUCAUAAACCAUUUGGAAUACAUUUUACUACCAAUGUUCCUAUUUUAUUUACACCUAUUGUUCAUCCAUGUUCUUAUGUUUAUUCAGUAGUUAAUUGGCCAGAAGUUGCUACAAGUGGAUUUACAACAGUGGUUAAUACAGCUCAUGGAAUAAAAUCAUCAUCUGCAUGUACUAUUACAGAACAAAUUGGGUUAUGGUAUUUUUUACAAGGAGCUGAUAGAAAUGUAUUAAUUAGUACGUGUAAUUCGAUUUCAGAUUAUUAUACUGCAUUACAUUUAAUUAAAGUACCAGCAAACGGAAAUGUUAAGCCAACAAUUGAUUGUAGUUAUAAUACUAAAAACCAUCCAACAAAUGCUGUUUGUGAAAGAUAUGAUGUUAAAGGAUGUCCUGAACCAGGAAGUCAUCAUGCAUCAAUGAUGGUAACAUUGUCAAGUCAAUACGACUAUUUUAUUUUUGCUAGUGUUAUAACAGAUAAUAGUGCUGCUUUUAAUUUAACCAUUACAACAUUAUGUCCUUAUAAUUGUGGUGGAAAUGGAGUUUGUGAUAAAGUAUCACAAACAUGUAUUUGUAAUGAUGGAUAUGUUUUAAAACAAGACAGUUGUUCAUUAUGUGGAAAUGGAAAAAAAGAUGAAGGGGAAGAAUGUGAAAAUAUUUCAGGAGAUAAUUACACAGACCCAAAUUGUGACUAUUCUACAUGUUCAUGUGAAGAUGGGUAUAUUCCAUUAACAAUUAAUGGAUUAACGUAUUGUGCUGUUCCAACCUGUGGAAAUGGAAAAAUCAAUGAUUAUGAAGAAUGUGAUGGUGGAGAAGGUUGUCAACAUUGUGUUUGUGUUGAGGGAUAUCGUCCAUAUGAAAGUCCAAGAAUUUAUUGUUUAAGUAAUAAAUGUGGAAAUAACAUACUUGAUAAAGGAGAAGAAUGUGAUGGUGGAGAAGGUUGUUAUGAAUGUGAAUGUCAAGCUGGAUGGUUCGAAGCACACUCAGUAGGAUGCCAAAGAGUACGACGAUCUAUUGUAUCAUUAAUAAUAUUUGUAGGAGGAAUUAUUAUAUGGAUAAUCAUUUGGCUCUUGUUACUUAUUGGCUUUGUUUCAAGGUAUAUCUUCUUAAAUAAACUUAUUAUUUCAGAACAACAAAAAGAUGAAAGGAUUUUGAUUGAAUCUACAGUAAUCAAAUUUAACAAAGAUGGAGCUCAAUAUAUUGAUGUACAUAAACCAAACGCAUUAUUUGCUUUUGAAAGUAGUGAAAUUCUUUUCAGUGACUGCCAAAAUCAUGUUGAAGUAGAUGAAGAUACUAAAACAGUUAUCAGAGUAACAAAUAAGAAGAAUGAACCAAUUCGAUUCAUUUUCCAUGGUGGAGAUUAUUUAAAAUAUACAAUCUCUUUUGUUCCUGCAAUCUUAAGUGUACGUCCAGGAGAAACUGGUGAAGUAACGUGUGUUAUAAAUGUGAAUUGCACAUGUGUUUUAAGAGAAAAAGUACCUGUAACUAUCAGAUAUGGAAAAUUUAAACAGAUAAUGCAAGAACUUCUUGAAGAAAAUCCUCAGUUAUUAGAGUUACAAUCACAAUCUAGUCAAAAUACAAGUGAAUUUUCUGAACGAAGUUCAAAAUCAAAAAGCUCUUCUCUCAGGAGUAACUCUAGUUUGAAUUUACAUUCAUUAAAAACAGAUAAUUCUAAAGACAAAGAAGAUGGUUCAAAAGGAAAGUCAGUAGAAAGAAAGAAGAAACAAGUAAAAGGUUUAAAUAAACUUUAUGUUUAUUUAGAUUUAAAUCUUGAAUCAGCAUUAUCUACUAAGAUUGAUUAUGAAGAAAUUAAUUUAAUUCAUCCACCAAUUGGUUCAGGUACAUUUGGUAUUGUUUAUCGUGCUGAAUGGAGAGGAGUAGAUGUUGCAGUUAAAUUAAUGAAAACUGAUUUAGUAGACAUCAAAGAUUUAUUACCUAAUUUCAUGCAAGAAGCUGGGAUGAUGGAAAGAAUUCGAUGUCAAUAUGUAGUGAAUUAUAUUGGAAGUGUUGUAACUCCAGACACGUUAUGUCUUGUAACCGAAUUUUGUCCGUUAGGAUCAUUAAGAAAAUUCAUGAAAACAAACACAAUGAAUGAUUUAUUAAAGAUUAGAUUUUGUCAAGAUAUUUCUCGUGGAAUGGAAUAUUUACACCAAAACGAUAUUGUUCAUCGUGAUUUAAAAACUGAUAAUGUUUUGGUUGUUUCAAAUAAUCCAUUUGAUCCAGUAACAGCUAAAGUAACAGAUUUUGGUACUUCUCGUUCAUUUAUUGAAUCAUCUCAAAAGUUAGGAAUUCAACAUAUUGGUACACCUGUAUAUAUGGCACCAGAAAUGACAUUACAAAAAGAUGAAGUUAAUGAACAAAUGACAUUAAAAUCAGAUGUAUAUUCAUUUGCUAUUUGUAUGUUAGAAGUUUGGAUAAGUAAAGAUCCAUAUGACUCAAUAAAAUUCCCAGAUGGGGAGUCAAUUCUUAAAUUUGUUGGAGCAGGAAAGAGACUUGAAAUACCGAAUGGGUGUUUAUUUUCUGAAGCUAUUGAAAGGUGUUGGCAACAAGACCCACGAGAUAGACCAUCUUUUCAAGAAGUUGCUAUUAUGUUAUCAAAAGUAUAUAAAGGAUAUACUGAUGGAGAAGCUAAUACAUGUAUUGAUACAUUAUGUGUAAAUGAGAAUUCUAAACGUAAGUCAUAUGUUCCAAUGGAAACAUUAAGUGUAGAAGAUAAAAAGGAAGGAACACAAGAAUUAAAUCAAGGAGAAACACAACAAGAAAAUAAGAGUUUAUCAUCAGAAGGAGAAUCAGAGUAGAAUUGAAGAAGCUUAAUUUUA